AUGCAUGUACAAUCACUUCUGCUGGCUUCUGGCCUUGUGCCUCUGGCCGCUAGCCAGGGCUGCCCUUUUGCCAAGCGCGCCACAGACACUAACCUUGUUCCCCCGAGAGAAAUCCCCGAGGACUUUGGCAUCUGCCGCGUCGCUAGCAACCAGGCUGGUGGCGGUACUCGAUCCAGGGACUUUUGGCCUUGUGCUCUGAGAUUGGAUGUCUUGAGGCAGUUCUCGCCUCAGUAUAACCCAUUGGGUGCUGACUUCGACUACACCGAGGCCUUCAAGUCUCUGGACUUUGCUGCUUUGAAGAAGGAUCUCAACGCACUUCUCACUGAAUCUCAGGAUUGGUGGCCUGCUGACCAUGGCAACUAUGGUGGUCUCUUCAUUCGUAUGUCAUGGCACAGCGCUGGUACAUACCGCGCAAUGGAUGGCCGAGGUGGCUCCGGAAUGGGUCAACAACGAUUCGCUCCUCUCGACAGCUGGCCCGACAACCAGAACCUGGACAAGGCCCGUCGUCUGCUUUGGCCCAUCAAGCAAAAGUAUGGCAGCAAGAUCUCAUGGGCUGACCUGAUCGUCCUCGCCGGCAACGUCGCCCUCGAGCACAGCGGCUUCGAGACCCUCGGUUUUGCCGGUGGUCGUGCUGACACAUGGGAGGCCGAUGAGUCCAUCUACUGGGGUGCCGAGUCCACCUUUGUCCCCAAGGGUAACGAUGUUCGCUACAACGGUAGCACAGACAUUUACGAGCGUGCCGAUAAGCUCGAGAAGCCUCUUGGUGCUACGCACUUCGGUCUCAUCUACGUCAACCCCGAGGGUCCUGAUGGAAGCUCUGAUCCUAAGGCUUCUGCUCUUGAUAUCCGUACUGCUUUUGGCCGUAUGGGUAUGGACGAUGAGGAGACUGCUGCUCUCAUCAUUGGUGGCCACACCCUUGGCAAGACUCACGGUGCUGUUCCUGCUAAGAACAUUGGCCCUGAGCCCAUGGCUGCUGACCUUGGAGAGAUGGGUCUUGGCUGGCACAACAGUGUCAACGAGGGUAACGGCCCUGACCAGAUGACCAGCGGUCUUGAGGUUAUCUGGUCCACUACUCCCACCAAGUGGAGCAACCACUUCCUCAAGUCUCUUCUCGGCAACAACUGGACCCUCGUCGAGAGCCCUGCAGGCCACAAGCAAUGGGAGGCUCUCAACGGCAAGCUCGAGUACCCCGACCCCUUCGUCAAGGGCAAGUUCCGCCGCCCCACUAUGCUCACCAGCGAUCUCGCCCUCAUCAACGACCCCUCGUACCUCAAGAUCUGCAAGCGCUGGCACGACAACCCCAAGGAGAUGAACGCUGCUUUUGCUCGCGCCUGGUACAAGCUCCUCCACCGUGAUCUCGGCCCUAUUUCUCGCUAUCUCGGCCCCGAGGUUGCGAAGGAGAAGUUCAUCUGGCAGGAUCCUCUCCCUGAGCGAAAGGGCGAUAUCAUUGGCGAGGCUGAGAUUUCUAGCCUCAAGUCCACUAUCCUCUCCACUGCUGGCCUUGAUGUUUCUAAGCUUGUUUCUACUGCUUGGAACUCUGCUUCUACUUUCCGUGGAACUGACAAGCGUGGCGGUGCCAACGGUGCUCGUAUUGCCCUUGAGCCUCAGGUCAACUGGGCUAGCAACAACCCCAAGCAGCUCAAGCAGGUUCUUUCUGCCCUGAAGAAGAUUCAGAAGGACUUCAACGCCAAGUCCGGCUCCAAGAAGGUCUCUCUCGCUGAUCUGAUUAUCCUCGGCGGUGUUGCUGCUAUUGAGAAGGCUGCCCAGGCUGCUGGCUUCAAGGACGUCGAGGUCCCUUUCACUCCUGGCCGUGUUGACGCAACGCAGAACCAGACUGAUCUCGUUCAGUUCGGUUACCUUGAGCCUCUUGCUGAUGGUUUCCGUAACUACGGACAUGGCACUGCCCGUGCUCGCACUGAGGAGAUCCUCGUUGACCGUGCUGCUCUUCUUACACUUACUCCUCCCGAGAUGACCGUCCUCGUCGGUGGCCUCCGUGCCUUGAACGCUAACUACGACGGUUCCUCCAACGGUAUUCUCACCGACAAGAAGGGCCAGCUCACCAACGACUUCUUCGUCAACCUUCUGUCGCCCGCCUACUCAUGGGCCAAGAAAGACAGCCAGGGCGAGCUCUGGACUGGUACUGACCGCUCCACCAAGUCCGUCAAGUGGACUGCUACCCGCGCUGAUCUAGUCUUCGGAUCUCACGCUGAGCUGCGUGCUAUCUCUGAGGUCUACGGUAGCGCUGAUGCAAAGGAGAAGUUUGUGAAGGAUUUCAUUUCUGCGUGGACCAAGGUCAUGAACCUGGACCGCUUUGAUGUCAAGACUGAGAAAUAG